UUGACGGUCGCGCCAGUUCGCAGCUCUUAACACGUUGGUGCCGAAAGUCGACGCGCUCGCGUUUCGUCCCUCGCUUUCCGCGAGUCAGCCGUGCCUGCGAUAUCAUCGGAGGACAACAAUAGCUCAGCACUUGGCAUACAUCCGGAGGUAGUUCGAAUAUUUCAACAACGUCUGCUGUAAUGCAUUGGAAAUUUUCGCCAGCCUCUCGGCCCAAAGCUGAGCAACACGGUGGCCAUAAAUAUUUGAGAAUUGCGGAAAAUCGAAAGUGAAGCGCUCGCGCUAAAGCAAGUAUUCUUACGCCAGCUGCCAAGAGGCGCCGCAAUCAGGAGGCAAACAAUUACGAGGAGGACGACAAGGACUAGCAAGCGAGACCGGCGCUAGCAAAAAAAAAAUGAAAAUUAAAAUAUUUCCGCUGACAGCGGAUGCAGCGACAAUUGCCGCGCGUCGCCAGCGCAGACGGGCGGCGGGGAAGCUGCAGCGGAAGCGAGAAAUGCCGGAAAUAUCCUCCCGGCUAAUUGUUGCCACUGCCACCGCCGCCGUCGCCUCGUUUAUCUGCCUCUCCCUCGCGCUACCCGGCUGCGCCGCCCAGGAGAGCGACGACGAGGGGGAGCUGCACCACCUGGACCAGAUGCACCACCAGCACCAGGACUUCAUCAUCGGCGAGUCCGAGGAGCACGAUCACAUUGCCCAUCAUCUGGCUGAAAUGCAAAAUAAGGAUGAGCUACUGGAGGACAUACGCGAGGAUACGGUCGUCAAUGCGAUUCCCGAGAAAGAUCUUCCAAAGUUCGGAGAACUCCUGCAGAACGUGACGGUGCCCGUGAGUCGGGAGGCGGUACUCCAGUGCGUAGUCGACAAUUUGCAGACCUACAAGAUUGCGUGGCUACGUGUCGAUACACAGACCAUUUUAACGAUACAAAAUCACGUCAUAACCAAAAAUCAUCGCAUGAGCAUAACUCACGCCGAGAAACGUGCCUGGAUUUUGCGUAUACGUGAUGUGAAGGAGUCCGAUAAAGGCUGGUACAUGUGCCAAAUAAACACGGAUCCCAUGAAGAGUCAAGUCGGCUAUCUGGAUGUUGUCGUGCCCCCCGACAUACUGGACUACCCGACCAGCACCGAUAUGGUAAUACGUGAGGGCUCCAACGUAACCCUCAAGUGUGCCGCCACGGGAUCGCCAACUCCGACGAUAACCUGGCGACGCGAAGGUGGCGAACUGAUACCGCUGCCAAAUGGCGCCGAGGCCGUCGCCUACAACGGCUCCUUCCUGACCAUCGCCAAAGUGAACCGACUGAACAUGGGCGCCUAUCUCUGCAUCGCCUCCAAUGGCAUCCCGCCAACAGUCAGCAAGCGUGUGAUGCUCAUUGUGCACUUUCCGCCCAUGAUUUGGAUACAAAAUCAAUUAGUCGGCGCUGCCCUUACACAGAACAUAACCCUGGAAUGCCAGUCGGAGGCGUAUCCCAAGUCCAUCAACUAUUGGAUGAAGAACGACACGAUUAUUGUGCCAGGUGAGCGCUUUGUGCCGGAAACCUUUGAAUCGGGCUACAAAAUAACCAUGCGCCUGACCAUAUACGAGGUGGACAUCCAGGACUUCGGGGCGUAUCGAUGUGUGGCCAAAAACUCUCUGGGCGACACUGACGGCGCUAUCAAACUUUACCAUAUUCCCCAAACCACCACGAUGACGACAAUGGCUCCGACGGUCUCGAUCAACACGGUGCCCGUGGUGCUCGUGAAGUACAACAAAGAACAACGAUAUGGCAGCAGCCAGAAUAGUAAUACCAAUCCGUACAACUUCAAUCCCGGCAAUGGCCAACAGAACACGAAGUUGCAACGCGGCAAGUCCAACAGCAAGGGCUCGGAUCAGUCCUCCUCCGGACUGAACAACGUCUUCGUGGGAGCCACUUCCAGCCUGUGGAACUCGCAGGAUCAUCACUCCUCCUCCUCCUCCGCGUCCUCGAGGGGAAGGGAUCACCAUCAGCAGCAGCACCACCAGCAGCAGCAACAAAACCAUGGAUCCGAUCACGGCGCCUCCUAUCGCUCCGAUGGCAAGAGUCCACACCUCACCAAGCACGACGCCAAGUCCUUGACCGAUGACCUGGAUCGCAUGCAGGACCUCAAAGGAUGGGCCAGCCGGCUGGCUCCCGUUUCGCCGAUCCUUGGACUUUCGAUGAUUCUGGGAGUCGGCUAUCUGGGGCCGUGGCCGGGCUAAAAAGUGUACAAAAUGGGCAUAUGGAUAUCCGAUGUUAGUCUAACUAAGAUAAACUACUUUGUAAGCAAUACCCUUAUAAAUCGUGUUGGUCGAAGAACUAUUAUUUUUGUGCUAUGUGGAAAGUUGCUUACUGUAAAAAGUUGUUGAUGUUUAAGGUAAAUCUAAAAUUUAAGUCGCAUUUUGAAGAAGUUGGUGGGAACUGGGAUUCGCAACGGAAAUACAAAGUAUUAGAGUAUAAAACAUAAGGGCUUAAACCAAAGAAUGUUUUAGGCCAAGUGCAUCAGUUGCUGUUUAUAUUUUUGUUAUUAUAAUCAAAUUAUGUUAUGAUCUUUACAAGAGCGAAAGUAUAAAUAGCAGCAGGUGCACGUGUCUACAACAUGAGACUCGAAGCGAGAUUAGAUCUAAGUCACCGAAAUCAGUUGAAACAAAAAAUAUUUUUACUAUUAGCCCAGUUCUAGCUUAGUUUCCAAGCACUGCAAGCUGUAUAAUAACUAUUACAUAAACAAUUUCAUCAUGAUUUAAGUAAAAAUAAAAAUCCGUCUUAAAUCUUGU